AUGGAGCAAAAUCAUAAACUGGCAGUGGCAGAUGGGCCAGACUUUGCAGAUGGUGAGAAGUAUAGAUGUUUGAUUGGGCAUCUGAUCUAUCUGGUAGUCACGAGACCAGAUUUGGCAUAUUCUGUUCAUAUUCUCUCCCAGUUCAUGCAGCCACCGAAAGUGGAACAUUGGGAAGCGGCGUUGCGAGUGGUGCGUUACUUGAAAAAGUGCCCCGGACAAGGUAUUCUACUUCGCUCAGAUAGUGUUUUACAGUUGGAAGGGUGGUGUGAUUCGGAUUGGGCAAGUUGUCCGUUGACUUGUCGCACCUUGACAGGUUGGUUUGUGUUGCUUGGUUUGUCUCCGGUGUCUUGGAAAACCAAGAAACAACAUACCGUCUCGCGUUCGUCGGCGGAAGCAGAAUAUCGUUCCAUGGCCGCAUUGACAUGUGAAUUAAAGUGGUUGAAGCAAUUACUUUCGGAUUUGGGAGUCUCUCAUAAACAAGGUAUGCACAUCCUUUGUGAUAGCCAGUCUGCAUUGCAUAUUGCACAUAAUCUGGUUUGA